UGAUCUUUGCCACUUGUUCAGGUGCAGGACUCUUUUGCAGAGGAGACCAACCAGGUGUCUCUUUCAGACACCAUGUGCAUUGUCCAGACUGGAAAUGGAGAAUCUAUCGCAGUUGGCAGUGAAACAUGGCCAAGUGAUAGUAGCACAAGUUUUCCUGAUUCUUUCCUAAGAAGAGAUUCUGCGGGACCAGAUCAGGUGACCUUUGAAGAUGUGUCUGUGGAUUUCUCGGAGGGGGAGUGGGCUCUCUUGGAUCCAAGCCAAAAAGCCUUGCACCAGCAAAUCAUGGAGGAAAACUUAGGAAUUGUGUCAUCUCUGGAGAAGACACGAUUUAAAUAUUUGGAAGAUGGAAGGAAUUUCAGUAGUAAGGAAGCACUUACCUUUUCUCAAGCAACUCACACAAGGGAUAAACCAUUUAAAUGCUUGAACUGCGGAAAGAGCUUCAGUAAGAAGGGAGGCCUUCUUUGUCAUCAGACAACUCACACAGGAGAAAAGCCAUUUAAAUGCUUGCAGUGCGAAAAGAGCUUCAGUCAAAAGAGAAACCUUAUUAGUCAUCAGGCAACUCAUACAGGAGUAAAGCCAUUUAAAUGCUUGGAGUGUGGAAAGAGCUUCAAUGAGAACUCACACCUUGUUUGCCAUCAGGCAACUCACACAGGAGUAAAGCCAUUUAAAUGCUUGCAGUGUGAAAAUAGCUUCAAUCAGAAGAGAAACCUUAUUCGUCAUCAGGCAACUCACACAGGAGAGAGGCCAUUUAAAUGCUCAGACUGUGGAAAGAGUUUCAGUCAGAAGAUAGUCCUUGUUCGUCAUCAGACAACUCACACAGGAGUAAAGCCAUUUAAAUGCUUGCAGUGCGAAAAGAGCUUCAGUCAAAAGAGAAACCUUAUUAGUCAUCAGGCAACUCAUACAGGAGUAAAGUCAUUUAAAUGCCCAGAGUGUGGAAAGAGCUUCAGUCACAAGAGCAGCAUUGAUUACCAUCAGGCAAUUCACACGGGAGUAAAGCCAUUUAAAUGCUUGCAGUGUGAAAAAAGCUUCAGUCACAAGCAUGUCCUUAUUCAUCAUCAGGCAACUCACACAGGAGAGAAACCAUUCAAAUGCUUUCAGUGUGGAAAGAGCUUCAGUCACAAGCAUGUCCUUAUUCGUCAUCAGGCAAGUCACACAGGAGAGAAGCCAUUUAAAUGCUUGAAGUGUGAAAAGAGCUUCAGUCAUAAGCAUGUCCUUAUUCGUCAUCAGGAAAGUCACACAGGAGAGAAGCCAUUUAAAUGCUUGCAGUGUGGAAAGAGCUUCAGUCGAAAGACAUAUCUUGCUUGUCACCAGACAACUCACACAGGAGUUAAGCCAUUUAAAUGCUUGCAGUGUGGAAAGAGCUUCAGUCAAAAAGGAAGCCUUGUUUACCAUCAGACAACUCACACAGGAGAAAAGCCAUUUAAAUGCUUGCAGUGUGAAAAGAGCUUCAGUAAAAAGAUAGACCUUGUACAUCACCAGACAACUCACACAGGAGAAAAGCCAUUUAAAUGCUUGCAGUGUGAAAAGAGCUUCAGUAAGAAGAGAAACCUCAUUAGUCAUCAGGCAAUUCACAUGGGAGUAAAGCCAUUUAAAUGCUUGCAGUGUGAAAAAAGCUUCAGUUACAAGCAUGUCCUUAUUCAUCAUCAGGCAACUCACACAGGAGAGAAACCAUUCAAAUGCUUGCAGUGUGGAAAGAGCUUCAGUCAACAGAGAAGCCUUGUUUGUCAUCAGAAAACUCACACAGGAGAAAGACCAUUUCAAUGCUCAGUGUGUGGAAAGAGCUUCGGGCAUAAGCAUGUCCUUAUUCAUCAUCAGGCAACUCACACACAAGAUAAGCCAUUUAAAUGCUUGCAGUGUGAAAAGAGCUUCAGCCAGAAGAGAAGCCUCAUUAGUCAUCAGGCAAUUCACACGGGAGUAAAGCCAUUUAAAUGCUUGCAGUGUGAAAAAAGCUUCAGUCACAAGCAUGUCCUUGUUCGUCAUCAGGCAAGUCACACAGGAGAGAAGCCAUUUAAAUGCUUGCAGUGUGGAAAGAGCUUCAGUCAAAAUGGAAGCCUUAUUAGUCAUCAAGCAACACACACAGGAGUAAAGCCAUUUAAAUGCCCAGAGUGUGGAAAGAGCUUCAGUCACAAGAGCAGACUUGAUUACCAUCAGGCAACUCACACAGGAGUAAAGCCAUUUAAAUGCCCAGAGUGUGGAAAGAGCUUCAGUCACAAGAGCAGCCUUGAUUACCAUCAGGUAACUCACACAGGAGAGAAGCCAUUUAAAUGCUUGCAGUGUGAAAAGAGCUUCAGUCACAAGAGAAACCUUAUUAGUCAUCAGGCAACUCACACGGGAGAGAAGCCAUUUAAAUGCCCAGAGUGUGGAAAGAGCUUCAGUCAGAAGGGAAAACUUGUCUACCAUCAGGCAACUCACACAGGAGGAAAGCCAAUUUAAUACCUGCAGUGUGAAAAGAACUUCAGUCAGAACAGAAGCCUUGUUUAUCAUCAGGAAACUCACGCAAGAGAGAGACCAUUUCAAUCCUUGAAUUGUGGAAAUAGCUUCAGUCAUAAGGAAGGCCUUCAUUUAAAUGCUCAGAGUGAAGAAAGAGCUUCAGUUAUAAGAAGCACCUUGUUUAUCAUGAAGCUGUUCACACAGGAGAAAGGCCAAAAAUAAAUGCUUGCAUUGUGAAAAGAACUUCAAUCAAAAGAAACACCUUAUUCACCAUCAAGCAAUUCACAUAGGAGAAAAGCCAUUUAAAUGCUAAGAAAAAGCUUCAGUCAUAAAGGAGGUCUUGUUUGUCAUUAGAAAACUCAUACAGGAGGAAAAACAGAGUUUGGAAAGAGCUUCAGUCGAAAUACAAGCUUUAAUUGUCAACUCACAUGAAAGAAAUAGUCAACCCAUGGGGUAAAGGCAAGUUCCCUUGUUUUAUAUCAAAGAGGGCAUGAAUCUGUGUCAAAGAAACACCGAGUUAAAAAACUGUGGCUUUUGGGGAAAAUAAUAACCUGACCAAUUUUCUUUGAUGAAAUAUCUCAUUAAACACAAGUGAUAAUAUCUUGGGAGAUUAAGGGAAGGAUAUUUCUGUUUUUUUAUCCAUUCGUGCAUACUGUUAAAGCAACUCUUUCCUGUCAUGUAUAUUCAUAGUUAAAAAUACAUUUAAUUGAGAAGUUUGAUGAGAAGUGUUGGAAUGGGUUUGAUUCAUGACUAACAUCUGAUAUGGUUGUUUUUAAAUUGUUUUUAAAUUGUGUUAGAUUUUAGCCUGGUCUUGUAAGCCUCUCCGAGCCCCAGGGGAGUGGUGGCAUAUAAGUUUGAAUUAUAAAAUAAAUAAAUAAAUAAAUGUAUCAUGUAAUUCAGUGUAUUUGGUAUAGGGUUUUCUUUUAUGAAAGAGCCAAUAAAGCAUCACUGAUAAAUUGU